AUGAGCCUCGAAGCCGCACGAAAAACGGUUUUUAUUACAGUCGGCUCUACAGGCUUCGACGACUUAGUUCGCAUAACAACGUCUGUUUCUUUUUUAGAACUCGUCUCCUCGUUGGGAUAUACCCGUGUAUUAGUACAAUAUGGUAAAAGUCAUAGUAUCUUUAAUGGAUCGGUUGCAAAAGACAUAAAGGCCUCGAAUGGUCAGUAUGCGAAACUGUCGAAAAUAAAAGUUGAUGGCUACGAUUAUAAAUCAUCUUUACGCGACGAUAUGGAAAAUGCAGAGCUGAUAAUUAGUCAUGCUGGCUCUGGAUCCAUUUUAGAAUCGUUACGACUCCAUAAGAAAUUGAUUGUAGUAGUCAAUGACGCGCUAAUGAACAAUCAUCAAAAUGAACUGGCAGUUGAGCUGUCAUCUCACAGAUAUCUCUUGUAUAGUUCUGUCAGUGAUUUAUUGGAAACCCUUAAAUCACGACGUUAUGAAGAAUUAGUACCAUUUCCAGCGCAUAAUGAGAAUUUAUUUGUGAAUAUUUUGGAUGAAGAAAUGUGA